CAAGAAAGAGGAGCAGAGAGGGUUACCACAGGCCUGGGUGCCAGCUUCAUUCCAGUGGGAGGGGAGGGGGGGUGCUCCUUCCAGGGCAGCCUGGCUUCUAGGGUUCUAGAGGCCUCAUUCCCCCCAGCCCAGUCCCCACUCCAGGCAGCCUGGCUUUAUGACUUCAUUUGCUGAAGUCACCUGGCGACAAUGCUGAGCGUUCCACCCCUCCAAGUCCAAGCCCAGCCCCAGCCAGACGCCUCCCCACAGGGGAAAUGAAGACAAUGCCUGCCGGCCCGUGUGGGGAAGAAAUGUAGAAGGCAGCGGCACCGGCCGCUCUUGGCACCAUGGACGAUGCCGCGGUCCUAAGGAAGAAGGGUUACAUCGUGGGAAUCAAUCUAGGCAAAGGCUCCUACGCAAAAGUCAAAUCCGCCUACUCUGAGCGCCUUAAGUUCAACGUAGCAGUUAAGAUCAUCGACCGCAAGAAAACACCCACUGACUUCGUAGAAAGAUUCCUUCCUCGGGAGAUGGACAUCCUAGCAACUGUCAACCACCGCUCCAUCAUCAAGACUUAUGAGAUCUUCGAGACUUCUGAUGGGCGCAUCUACAUCGUCAUGGAGCUGGGCGUCCAGGGUGACCUGCUUGAGUUCAUCAAGUGCAGAGGAGCCCUGCAUGAGGAUGUGGCUCGCAAGAUGUUCCGCCAGUUGUCCUCUGCUGUCAAGUACUGCCAUGACCUGGAUGUCGUCCACCGAGACCUCAAGUGUGAGAACCUUCUGCUCGACAAAGACUUCAACAUCAAGCUGUCUGACUUUGGCUUCUCCAAGCGCUGUCUGCGGGAUGGGAGUGGGCGCAUUGUCCUCAGCAAGACCUUCUGUGGCUCAGCAGCAUAUGCAGCCCCCGAGGUGCUGCAGGGUAUCCCCUACCAGCCCAAGGUGUAUGACAUCUGGAGCCUUGGCGUGAUCCUGUACAUCAUGGUCUGUGGCUCCAUGCCCUACGAUGAUUCUGACAUCAAAAAGAUGCUGCGCAUUCAGAAGGAGCACCGUGUGGACUUCCCCCGCUCAAAGAACCUGACGGGCGAGUGCAAGGACCUCAUCUACCGCAUCCUGCAGCCCGAUGUGAACCGGCGGCUGCACAUCGAUGAGAUCCUCAGCCACUGCUGGCUGCAGCCCCCCAAACCCAAAGCCAUGUCUUCUGCCUCCUUCAAGAGGGAGGGAGAGGGCAAGUACCGGGCUGAAUGCAAGUUGGAUACCCGGCCAGGCUCAAGACCCGAACACCGGCCUGAUCACAAACUGGGGGCCAAAACCCAGCACCGGCUGCUGGUGGCACCUGAGAAUGAGGACAGAAUGGAGGAAAGGCUGGCCGAGACCUCCAGAGCUAAAGACCAUCACAUCCCCGGAGCUGAGGUGGGGAAGGCAAGCACCUAGUGGUGGACAGGGCCCCAGGGGAGGGGAGGUGGGGGGGCAUGGUGCACAUGGCACUCACAUAAAAACUAAGUAGGCAGGUAGGAGCUGAAGAAGGCACAGGUGCAAGGAACAAGUAAAAUCUGUCAAUUAAACCACUAUUUUGAUUACGUUCUAUUAGCUUUCUUCCACUUAGUAGCAAAGACGUUACCUACUGACCACCAAAUAAACCACAAAGUGUAUACAAGCAUCCAGAGUGCCCAGUGAGGAGUCUUUUUCUCUAGGACUCAGCCAGCGCGGAGUGUCUCCAGUGUAGGGGUCCAGGGACCAGUGCUCAGGCAUAGGCAGAUUCAUGGUGAGGCCUCUAUGGCAAGGAGAGGACCUUUAUCAUGGUCUACUCACUAGGCUCUCAUUUGCCUGCCUCGGACUUGCCCUCUCUCUCCAGAGGCCUCCAUUGCCAGGCAGUUCCACGCCUCUCCCUCAGCAUGCAGUAUAGCAGCCCACACAGCCCCUUGCUCAAGGGCCUCCCCUAACCCAGGGGGCUUGAGACUGGUGUCCUUUGGCUGCUACAGCCUCACCCCCCACCAUUCCCUAUGGGCACCCCUCCUCACCCUGUGGGUCUGCAAGCCCCAGGGAACAGCCCUUGGUAAUGGUGCUGCACCAUUCUCAUUUUUCCUAUUACUAAACCUCUUCAAACCACAUUCCUCACAUGGGCUUGAGGUAAGUAAUCAGCACUUGGGAUAACCCUCUUCUCUGCUUUCCACUUCUGAUGGGUUCCAUUGAG